UUGGCUAUAAUCAGUUUGGCUGCGUUUAUUGGCAACAUUUUAGUGAUGACGGUGGUUUACAAGACCCCAAGCCUUAGAACAAGCACCAACUACUAUUACGUUAACAUGGCGGUGUCAGAUUUCCUUUCUAGUCUUACAUUAUGGCCACUGUACCUCACUGACGAGAUAAUAACACAGCAAGGAAGCCUGAUUAAAGGCCCAAUGGCCACUGUCGGGUGUAAAGUUGGGGUGUACGUGAGGGUAGUCUCCACCUCAGUCUCUAUUCUCAGUUUGGUGUUGAUUGCAACCGACAGAUACUUUGCGAUUGUAUUUCCCUUAAAAGCUUCAAUUCUACUGUCACGAAGAGUAAGAAUAACCGCGCUAGUAGCAACGUGGGUAAUAUCGAUGGGCUAUUGCUUCCCUAUGAUAUAUUUCUCUAAAGUGGAAGACGUAGGAGAAGAGCGUUUCUGCAGAUUUGCAUGGAACGAUACUCGUGCUCUUAUAAUCUAUUACGUCAGUGGAAUUUCUGUGUUUAAUGUUGCGCCUCUAAUUGCGAUUGUGAUUUUGUAUUCUCGUAUUAUGCAAGCAUUAAGAAAAAAAAUUAAUUCAGGACCCCUUUCUGGAAACACAAAUUCAGAAGACAAAAGAUGCAAGCAAUUGCAACACAUUAUGAAAAUAUUCAAAUCAAUUGUGAUAGCCUAUUCUGCUUGCUUUUUUCUAUUUUGCGUUUAUUUGAUUUUAAAGAUGACUUUCCCUGAAAUUUUCAUCAAGGAUAAAUGUAAGUGGAUUCUUGGCUUUUCCUAUUUUGUUCUUCCGUUGCUCAGCACAGCAAUGAACCCAGUCAUUCUUUUCUGUUUUAGUUCCAAUUUCCGUCACGCCUUGCAAACUUUGUGGCCAUUUCGGCGAACCAGUUUCUGUUGUUCAUGUUUUAAGGGAAGAAAGGCAGAAGACCCAAUAAGACAAAACGAACACGUGGAACUACAGUCCAUAUAAGGGCGCGCGUGAUAGCCCGUACUGUCCAAUUACUCGGGCAUAACGCGUACUGUCCUAUUAAAUUGUCCUAUUAAGGCUGAAAUCAGGACAGUUGAUAGCCAAUCAGAUUUGAGAAUUUUAUUAUAGCUAUAAUUAGCAAUUUGAUGAGGCUGAGUCUGAUCUAGCCUGCGUCGCAGACGUAUUUAUCCUCGGUUUAUAGUAACCCCUGCGAAGCACCGCUGAUAUUAGCCUUGUUCUGGGUAUCAACCGACUUAACGAAUUAGCGGAAGUGCGUUUCGGAUUUCCUUUCAUGUUGAUUGGCAAAUCGACAAUGUCUUUUUUAACAGGUCAAUCAAGGCGCGUACUCAAAUCCUGGUACGCAGGUGGGAACCUAGAACAAGGAUUUUGGCGUGCUUCUUCGCAGACGGACUAAACCAGAGGUUAGUUAUAUUUAACCAGAAGGGACCAAAAAGUUAGAAAAGAGGCCAAAAAGGAAAGCGCAGAGGCAGACAACUCUUUUUAGAUAUAUGCAUAAUUCUUCAGCUAAAACGAAAGCCGAAUCCAAGUAUUGUUUUAUGAGUCCUCUAAAAUAUAUACUGUAGUAAUACACUGUCAAGUAUGUGGGAUGAAGUAGUUUGCCGGCGCAAACAACGUUCCAACAGAGGAUCGAACUUCCCCAAAUUCCUGGAUCCGCCAAGGGUUUCUUCCCUCCACAUAUGCAUUAAACCGUUGAAAAACCCUCUUUAAUUCAGGGAUAAACUUGUUUUUAUAUUAUUGGGAAUAGCUUUCAUAUUUAAUUCUAUCUUUAAAGCAUUUCCAUCUUUAUUUGCGAUCGUUAUCAUCCUCGUGUACCGAGCGCAACGUAGAAGAAGGAAAUAUUAAAAAAGGAAGUCAUUUGAAUUUCUCUUUGUGAAGAGUAGCUAGAACUGAGUUAAUUACGUCAUUCAACUGGACGUUACAGAAGAUGCAUAAUGUUCGUCGGUAGUAUAUUGAAAGUAAUUGAAAUAAAAAGAAAAAUUGACGUUUUGAUAAUCACAAAUUAAUUACAAAGGGAGCAAAUAUCUCGGCAAUAGUCUGAUCUUUUCAUAGCAUUAGCACGAUUAUGAAGGCCUUACGUUUCGUAUUACUAGUAAUAAUCAUUGACUGUGGAUCUGCGUUCGUCUUCGGUCUUAUUCUCUUGCCUGUUGGAUUCGGGCGAAAUGGGAAAAGUGAGAGGGGAGGAGAAGGGAGGGGAGGAGAAGAGGAAAUAAAAUUUUUUGAAGGUGUUGUUUUUGUUGCGAGUGCCAUUCAAAUGCAUGAAAUUCGAAGUAAUUUAAUCGUAUUUACUAAUUGGUGGCUUGAGAAGCCAAGCGUUAAACUCGAAAACGGAUGAUUAUGGGCUAAACAAAAACUGCACGCGGUCAGCAAGCUAGAAAAAACAGUUAUGUAAUAUUUUAAUCUAUACUGAACGUUUUCCACCGACUCGAAUUAAUUAAAUGUUGAAUAGUCUAAAAAACGCUGGUUCAGAGAGUGUUUUUUUGUAUAUAGACGACGUAUUACGUAACACAUGCGUUUCAACAGUACCUCUGGCUCAAUGACUGUGACGUACGUAUUCGCUUAAUAUUCAAAUAAGAAUUGUCCCCUCCCAUUGCUUUCUUAUCAAUCACACAGACAGUAUAUCUGAAAUGCGACAAGCUUCUGUUUCUUGUAUGUAAUAUAUAUGAGUAACUGAGCCCAGGUGAGUUUGGUGUAUUCCACUUGGUCUAUUUCCUGUAGUACGCAGUAAUAUUAUCGAUGUUAAAAAUGCUGCUUGAUCAUUUUAAGACAUUGCAUUUUUUAAAGGUGGCGCAGGGUGCCUCCAGGUCAAUUUGGUUUAAUGCAGAACACGCCGGAAAUAAAUCCAUGACCCCAUUGACACGGGUCCGGAAAAAUUUUUGAACGAACUAUUUUUUUCCUGUCAUACUAUCCGUUUAUACGAAGCCGUGCAAAUUCUGUUACAGAUUGCUGUACUAAACACACUUUUUGCCGUUCAAAAACUUGCACGGUCCCGCGGGUCGGUGUGUUAACGAAAGGUGGAUCCGUGCAGGUUUUUGUCCGUUCAAUACUUUUUCCAGUCUUGUGUAAACGGGAUCUAAGGCUCCUUGAAGUGGUGGACUGGUCGAAGCCGGUGUCGAACUACUACGGCAAAGCGCUGAACAGCACAACUUAUUUGAAAGAGCCUGGAGAGCUCUGCUGUGAUACACGGUAGAACAAUUGAGUUGGUAAAAGCGUGGAGAUGUUUUUUUGUGGAAGUAAUCUAUAAAAUUUAUUUUAUCAUAGUUCGAUUUUAUCUAGUAGAACCUCUCUGUCAGGCUACUGGUGAAUUGAUUUUACAGGUGUAGAUCGACUUUCGUGGGAUUUUAUAUCACGAAGGCAGUCAUGCAAUAAAUGUGUUUUUAAAAUGCAGAUAUUGUGUUCAAUCCACAUGUAACCUAUACUCGAUUAUAGAUCAUAGAUAUGAAUGUGCACUGACUAUGAAGCCCGAUACUAAGAUAAUUCUCUCCUUUUAACUGUUUUUGUUAUCCGUUUUCUUCCUGAUCGUACAUAGGCCAUGUCUAAACGAGUCCAGACACUUUUGGAACAGAAUAUUUUUUGUCCGGAUUUGUGUGGACGUGGGACGGUUAAAUCUCUCUGGAGAGAGAGGUUUAAAAAAUGCGGUUUCGGUAUCCGAAUUCACUGGUUUCGUGUGGACGGAGGGCCGAUCCGUGAAAAAAACUAUGCAGUUUAACAAAUAUCCUAAUUCGUGUGAACAUGGCCUUACCGUACAGUCACGCCUGAUUUCUACAUGACCAUUUGAACCCUUUGCCACUGCAAUGGUGAUUCAGGGAUAACGUGUAAACAAACAAAAGCAAAAGAAACAAACAAAACAUUAUGCAGAGUCAAGGAGCUUCCAACAGCUGUUCGCAAUUGAAUUUUUGCCGGCUUUUAUAAAUAGUGUCCUUCAUAACGUUGAAUGUGUAGCCUGAGAUUAAUCGAUUUAAAACCCAAGAUAGAUAAAAAAAAGCCAAACGGCUUUGAAAAUUUUAACUCCUAACCAGAAGCCCAUAACCCGGAGCGAGAAACUUCCAUGCGUUCAUGACACGGCGUUUUCACGGACCAGUUUAUUUUUAGAACGGUUUUGGCGCGAAUUUUGAAUAUCUUUUAAAUUCCACAAACCAGUCAGCAAAACCUACAGACAUUAAAAUAAUUAUAUUUUUUGCCUUUUAAUAACGUUUAGUUUCCUUUUUGAUAUCUUAUACUUCGAAUGCGCUCAUAGACAUCGUGGGGAUUCUAUUUUCAUGGGAAAAAGUGCCCAAAAAUGUGUCUAAAGAUAAACUGGUUCAUAAAAGGGCCGUGACAUAGGCCUAGUAUGGGAGUUGCUCGCUCCGGGUUAUGGGCUCCUGUCCUAACUGACUUGCUAAUGGUUUUAAAAAUGGAGCAUUAUCCAAACCCCAACGGCAAUGAAACGUUUCAGAUUCUUGGAAAACACUACGUGAUGUUCAAAUUCGGUCCAGGGAACCCCAACUAAUUGAGCUGGAUAAAAUUUAAAUUAGGACGUCAGCACUUCGUGGAGAGAGAUAUUGACCACUAUCAUUUAUUGAGACGUCGGCGAAGAAUUUUUUAAGACGUCGGCGAAGAGCGUUUCUGCAGAUUUGCAUGAAACGGUACUGUUACUUUAAUAAUCUAUUACGUUAGUGGAAUUACUAUGAUUAAUGUUGUACCUCGAAUUGUGAUUGUGAUUUUGUAUUCUCGUUUUAUGGAAACAUUAAGCAAAAAAAUCAAUUCAAGACCCCUUUUUGGAAGCAUAAAUUCAGAAGGGAAAAGAAACAAGGAAUUCAAAUCAAUUGUAAUAGCGUAUACUGCUUGCUUUUUUCUUCUUUGCGUUUAUUUGAUUCCGAGCGAAACUCGGCGCGAAGCGCCGAAAGCGUAGCGACUUUACAAUCUCGUCGCGCGCGAAGCGCUCGCAGUCUGCUAACCGCGCGUGGUCUUAACCAGCUGCGAAAUUCCAGGCGCCAUAAAUAAAUAAAUAAAUAAAUCUUUCUUUCUCUGAAUAUAUGCUUGGUAUCCGCCAAUGACGUCAUCGAGCAUUUUGCGUUUCCAGGCAACAUAGACUUUGCCGCCGAUGACCAAGGCGCAUUUUCAUGUAUUAUUUAUGAAAGGCUAUUGUGUUUAUUCAUCGUCUGUGAAACAAUGUUUACGAUCGGUGAAUCACGAACCAUUUCCAAUGCAAUUGACACACAAGCACGACAAGUGGCUCCAAAUCCUCGGCGAGGGAGAUUUUCCACCGAAACUCCUCUGGAGCGAGAACGCCGACUUGAAAUUAAGCGUGAACAACGAAGGAGAAGAAGUCAACGAGAAACCGCGGAGCAGAGAGAACAUCGCUUAGCACAGCGAAGGCAACGCCGACAACAAGAGACAGAGGAACAGAGGAACAGGAGACUGGAAUAUCGAUCAGAGGCAUUAUGAUCAAGGUAAGCGUACAUUAGAUUUAAACACUGUUAGUAAUUUAUGUAAUUCGGGGCCAUUAAGUAAUGAAACCGCCGAACAACGAGAGCGUCGCUUGCAAGGACUUCGAACAGCUCAGGCGCGGCGACUGGCAAAUGAAUCUGACCAGCAACGAAAUCAGCGUUUACAAACGCUUCGCCAAAAUAACGCCAAUAGAAUUCGCAACGAAACCAACCAGGGAAGGGAACAUCGACUACAAACGGAUCGACAAUAUGCCGCCAUUAGAAUUCAGAACGAGACUGAUGAGAACAGGGAACAUCGACUACAGCAGCAACGACAGAAUAACGCCAUUAGAAUUCACAACGAGACUGAUGAGGAAAGGCAACUACGACUACAGCGGCUCCGACAGAAUAACGAAAUCAGAAUUCACAACGAAACUGAUGAGCAAACGCAACAGCGACUACAGCGGCUCCGACAGAAUAACGAGAUCAGAAUUCACAACGAAACUGAUGAGGAAAGGCAACAGCGACUACAGCGGCUCCGACAGAAUAACGAGAUUAGAAUUCAGAGCGAAACCGAUCAGGAAAGACGACGCCGAUUGGAAAUUUACAGACAAAAUGAUGCUGUUCGACGCAACGACAGGCAGCAAGAAUUACACGAUCUGCAAAAUACUCGUGAGCAAUAUCUUUCCAACGGAUGGACGACAGGAGAGCAACCUUUACACCAGCAACAAUGGGUUCAGAAUGAGAUGACCAAAUUUCACAGUAGUAUUAACACUUUAGAACACCGACAAUGUGUCACAUGCAAGGAAGCUUGGCCUACAAAACAGGGUGUAACUCUUGCAAGG